GACACUGGACGGACACUGCUGGAGAACCUCUCAGCGCUAUUAAAUUGCAGUAUUGUUUCUGACCGUAACAACAAGAAGAUGCCACUGGGUGAUGAGUGCCAUGCCUGGAAAAAGAAGACCUCAGAUGUGAAGGAGAAGUAUGACUUCAAAGAGAUCCUGGGAACGGGAGCUUUCUCUGAGGUGGUCUUGGCAGAGGAGAAGAGGACGCAGAAACUGGUGGCCAUCAAGUGUAUCCCUAAGAAGGCAUUAGAGGGCAAGGAAAACAGCAUUGAGAAUGAGAUAGCAGUCCUGCACAAGAUUAAACACACCAACAUUGUAUCUCUGGAAGAUAUAUUUGAGAGUAAAACACACCUCUACCUUGUCAUGCAACUGGUUUCUGGUGGGGAACUGUUUGAUCGUAUCAUAGAAAAGGGCUUCUACACAGAGAAAGAUGCCAGUAUGCUCAUUCGCCAGAUUCUGGAUGCUGUCAAAUACCUCCAUGACAUGGGCAUUGUGCACCGUGACCUAAAGCCAGAGAAUCUGCUCUACUACAGCAUGGAUGAAGACUCCAAGAUCAUGAUCAGUGACUUUGGUUUGUCUAAAAUCGAGGGCUCUGGCAGCGUGAUGUCGACGGCUUGUGGAACACCUGGAUAUGUUGCCCCUGAAGUGCUGGCUCAGAAACCCUACAGUAAAGCAGUGGACUGCUGGUCUAUUGGUGUCAUAGCAUAUAUUCUGUUGUGUGGUUACCCUCCUUUCUAUGAUGAAAAUGAUGCCAAACUAUUUGAACAGAUCCUGAAGGCAGAAUAUGAGUUUGAUUCUCCUUACUGGGAUGAUAUCUCUGAUUCAGCUAAAGACUUCAUAGUCCACCUGAUGGAAAAAGACCACAAUACACGUUAUACCUGUGACCAGGCUCUGCAGCACCCCUGGAUCGCUGGGGAUACUGCCCUGGACAAAAACAUCCAUGAGUCUGUUAGUGCACAGAUCAAGAAGAACUUUGCAAAAAGCAAGUGGAAGCAAGCAUUCAACGCCACAGCCGUGGUUCGCCACAUGAGGCGUCUUCAGCUGGGCACCAGCCACGAGGGACCCAAUCCAACCCUGUCCAGUCCGUGCCGAGCUCAUCUGCUGAUGCCAGAGGAUCACCCACAGCAUGCAGAGGCUUGUUGUGAGGAAGGGUGCCCCCAGAACGUCGACGGUGGAACGGACACUCUGUCCAACUGCAGCUACCGCUGCCACCCGACCAGCAGGGUGUGAUCCCUGCGCCUGCUCCACUUACCUGUCUAAUCGAUCCCAGUGACUUUCCAAUUUUAACCCCCUCGGUGGAACCAGAGGCACCAUCUCCCCCUUUACCUGGUUAGGAAUACAGCGUCAUUCCAGCCUCUUGCCUGCAGGGGGAGCAAGCCUGUCCAGCCUGAGAAGGAAGAAAUAAAAUGCAUGAAAAGGAGGAGGGGAGAGACAUGAUGAUUAUGAUGACGGUGAUAAUGAUGCACCACAGUGGAUCUGUUUUACAGACUGGUAGUUUGGGAAUAAGUUGAAAUGGUGAGAGGACACAAAGGAAGGAGGAAAAGAUAAACUCCUCCACCAGCGUGUCAGGGGGUUUGGGUUUUUUGCCAAGCAGGAUAGAGCUUGUUGGACACUGUUUUUACUCAUGAUUUUUGACUCAA